CUUUAGUAGAAGAUGAUGGAGGACGAAAGUGAACGACAAAGUUUUCCGUCAUUAAAGACUCUCACUUCAUCUGAUUACAGAAAUUUAAAAAAUGAGCAAAUGAAGACAGUUCAAGAUUUGUAUUUGCCACAUAUAGAAUCGUUUAAUUUUCUCAUAGAAGGAGGUCUAGAUCUAGCAGUUCAGGAUAUCUUUCCAGAAUCAUUUGAGCUUCCAAACGGGCAGAAAGUUUUAAUCUAUUUCACUGGAGCCAUUGUUGGAAAACCUACAAUACCAGAAGAAAAUGUUCAUUCCAAAUCGACAAAGAUGUUUCCUGCUGAGUGCCGUCAAAGAGGUACAACAUAUAAUGCCAAACUUCAAGUGUCUAUUCAGUGGAAAGUUGAUAAUCAGAUUUGUGGUAAUCUUGUCAAAAGUAUUGCCAUGUUGCCGAUUAUGGUGAAGUCAAAGUGCUGUUCGCUGUAUGGCUUAAAACCAAAAGAUCUUGUGGCCAAUCAUGAAGAAGCUGAGGAAGGUGGCGGUUAUUUCAUUAUAAAUGGUCUCGAGAAGGUUGUUCGAAUGCUGAUUCUUCCUCGAAGGAACUAUCCGUUAGCUCUCGUUCGUGCGUCGUGGAAAAAGCGUGGUCCUUUGUUUACAGAAUAUGGUGUGCAGAUCCGCUGUGUGCAGAAAGAUCAAACUGGCAAUAGCAUGGUACUUCACUAUUUGACUGAUGGCACCUGCUCUCUAUCGUUCUCGUACAACAAGGAACAGUUUUUUAUGCCAGUAAUGUUAAUAUUGAAGGCUUUGUACGAUACAACGGAUCUACAUAUUUACAAAGAGCUUACUAAAGGCGAAGAAACGAACAUUUUUCUAAAAGAUUGCGUUGCAACCAUGUUAAGACAAGUUCAAGACAAAGAACUUACGAGUCGGACGAAGAUCUUAAAAUAUUUUGGUGAAAGAUUUCGCGUGAAGUUUUCCCUUCCUGAAUGUUAUACGGAUAUCUUUGUGGCUAAAUUCUUAAUUCGGAAGUGUAUUUGCAUUCAUCUGGAAUCACACGUCGAUAAAUUUAAUCUACUUGUGUUUAUGAUAAAGAAGCUGUACGCAUUGGCUAUGGAAAAAUGUGCUCCUGAAUCUGCUGACAGUCUGAUGAAUCAAGAACUACUUCUUGGUGGCCAUUUUUAUCUCAUGUUUUUAAAAGAGAAGCUUGAACUUUGGUUGAGGUCUUUACGAUUCGCUCUGGAGAAAGAUAUUCAGAAAAAUUCCCACGAUUUUUCUUUAAACAUUAAUUCAGUUCUCAAAGCCAUGACUUCUUGCUUAAACUUGACUAAUCAAAUAAAUUAUCUCCUGGCAACGGGAACGUUGCGCAGUAAAUCUGGCCUUGGCUUGAUGCAGGUGGCAGGUUAUACAGUUGUUGCAGAUAAACUUAACUAUUACAGAUACUUGUCACAUUUUCGUUGCGUUCAUCGUGGUGCUUUCUUCGCUCAAAUGAGAACCACAACUGUACGAAAACUUUUACCCGAAACUUGGGGAUUUCUAUGUCCUGUGCAUACUCCAGAUGGUUCUCCUUGUGGAUUAUUAAAUCAUUUAUCAGCUACAUGUGAGGUCGUGAAUGCUCAAUGUAAUACAAGUAAUUUUCCUCGGUUGCUGUGUUCACUUGGCAUGACUCCAUUAGAUUGUCCAAGAUCACAAUCCGCUUCUUCCUGUUAUCAUGUCUUAUUGGACGGGAAAGUUUUGGGUUUUAUUGAAGAACAAUGGAUCGACGUUUUAGUAAAGAGACUGAGAAUGUUAAAAACUGAACAAUUGGAGCAGGUUCCCAAACAUUUAGAAAUUUGCAUGGUUCCAUUCACCGAAAGUGCGAGUCAAUAUCCGGGACUUUAUUUAUUCACAACUCCUGCAAGGAUGAUGCGAUCUUUGCUCAAUGUGGCAGUCGGUAAACCAGAGAUGAUUGGUACUUUUGAACAGGUUUAUCUCGAUGUUGCGAUUAUACCUGAAGAAGUUUAUGCUGGGAUUACUACACAUAUGGAAAUAACACAAACAGGAUUUUUAAGUGCCAUUGCAAGCCUAACGCCAUACUCGGAUUUUAACCAAAGUCCUAGGAAUAUGUAUCAAUGUCAGAUGGGCAAACAAACGAUGGGGACACCUUGCCACUCAAUACCGAAUCGUGGCGAUAAUAAGUUAUAUCGAAUACAGACUCCUCAGACACCGCUAGUAAGACCAAAGUCUCACCAGGAUUAUAAUGUUGAUGAUUAUCCACUUGGAACCAACGCUGUUGUUGCAGUUGUAUCAUACACUGGUUAUGAUAUGGAAGAUGCCAUGAUACUGAACAAAGCUUCUUACGAACGAGGCUUUGCCCAUGGGACAAUUUAUAAAACCGAGAUUGUUGAUCUUUCAAAACAUUCAAAUAACUCGCGAAAUGUCACACUUAUAUUUGGCUGUCUUCCUGGUGAUAAGCUGCUUGCUUCUGGCAAAUUAGACCAAGAUGGUUUUCCACCAAUUGGAACUAAGCUGGAGAUGGGUGACCCCUGCUAUAGUUAUAUUGAUCUUACUACGGGUGCAACCAAAGUGAAAUAUUAUACUUACAUGGAAGCUGCCUAUUUAGAUUCUGUGAAAUUUCUCGGAAAUGAUUGUGGUGAUGGUGAGUUGCAGAGAGUUUCGUUAAAAUGGCGAAUACAGAGAAAUCCUAUUAUUGGUGACAAGUUUUCAAGUCGUCAUGGGCAGAAAGGUAUUUGCAGUCAAAAGUGGCCUGCCGAAAACAUGCCGUUCUCUGAAUCAGGAAUGACUCCCGACAUCAUUUUUAACCCUCAUGGCUUUCCAUCUCGUAUGACUAUUGGAAUGAUGAUCGAGAGCAUGGCUGGAAAGUCGGCAAGUAUGCAUGGCUUGGUGCAUGAUGCUACUCCAUUUACGUUUUCUGAAGAUGUUUCUGCCAUUGAUUAUUUUGGAAAGAUGUUAAUAGAAGCUGGCUACAAUUAUCAUGGUACCGAAAGACUUUACAGUGGUAUCACGGGGAAAGAAUUUGAGGCCAAUAUUUUCUUUGGUAUCGUUUAUUAUCAACGUCUUCGACAUAUGGUGUCUGAUAAGUAUCAGGUGAGGGCAACUGGUCCUGUCGAUAUCCUAACUCAACAGCCUGUACAAGGUCGAAAACGUCAAGGAGGAAUACGUUUUGGUGAAAUGGAAAGAGAUGCAUUACUUGCUCAUGGAACUUCUUUCCUUUUACAAGACAGAUUAAUGAAUUGUUCUGACCGAUCAGAGGGUCAUGUUUGUGUCAAAUGUGGCAGUCUUCUCUCUCCGAUUUUUGAUAAAUGCUCUACGGAAAUGGCUGCCGUCUCUUCAAAUAGGACGAGAAAAUGGAGGUGUAAAACUUGUGAAACGAGUGAACACAUAAAAGUUUUGUCUUUACCUUACGUCUUCCGUUAUCUUGUAGCAGAACUGGGUGCGAUGAAUAUUAAAGUAUCUUUAGACGUGAAGUAAAAUAACUUUAAAGAAGAUAAAUGUUUUUGUGUGGUUGAAUAUAAGGAACGUUCAUUGUUACAAAAA